AGUGUGAAGUAAAAUGGCCCCUGUGACCGGUACAGAUUCGGACCGCUGUACGCCUCAGGGUGUGAGCUACAGUACCGUACCGCACAUUGUAAACUCAGACGGUCAGUACCUGUAUUGUAGAACAUGGGAACCCACCCAGAAACUCAGAGCAUUGCCAUUCUUGUCUCACGGACGGGGAAGUCACUGUGGAGUCCUCGGUCCCAUACUGGCGCAGCUUCUCAACAACCAUGGCUUCUUAGUCUUCGGGCAUGACCACGUUGGCCAUGGUCAGAGUGAAGGAGAGAGACUGUGUGUGGAAAAUUUCGACAUCCUCGCGAGAGACAUUCUUCAGCAUGUGGACGUGAUGCGAGCUCGAUACCCGGAUGUACCGAUCUUCCUACUAGGACACUCCAUGGGAGGCUGCGCGGCGACCAUUGCAGCGUGCAAGCGUCCGGGUCAGUUCGCCGGGAUGGUGCUGACUUCACCCGCUAUUGAGAACGCCUACACCCGUUCCUACUUUCUUGUAUGUAGUUAUAUUUCCGUCGUGUUUUCUCUCCAUUUCUUUUUCUUCUUCACUUUCUUCCGGCGGAUGCUGGCGACCCAACGUCUGAUUCCCGAACUCGAUUGUCCAUUUUUGGUGCACGUGCUUCAUGGCGAAGAUGACGAAAUAGCCGACGUGUCCGGAUCGUGGAAACUACAUCACCAGGCCAGGAGCCAGGACAAGGAAAUCAAGAUAUAUCCCAACUGUCGGCAUGUCCUGUUACUGGAGAUUCCUGAAGAUUCAGAAAUGGUCAAACAAGACAUACUGGACUGGUUUUUGACCAGGCUCAACCCGGAAAUGAAGUCGACUUAG